CCAAGCUUACAACAGAGCUAGUCGAGGAGAUCCUCUCAAGGGUCCCGAUGACAUCUAUGAGAUCAGUCCGAUGCACUUGCAGAAACUGGAACACUAUUUGCAAAGACGCAACCUUUACAAAGAAGCACCUUUCUCAGACAACAACAAGCAAAGGCGAGAUUUUGACGGUCGUGAUGAUGAACUGUAGUCUCCAUCUGAUGAGGGUCAAUCUCCAAAGAGGAGGACUUGAUCAUCCAAUGAGACGUUUGAGAUGGAGGUCUGGGUUACGACUAAGGUUGAGCCUGAUGCUGUGUCUUGGAGCAUGUUCUUUGCGGUUGAUAUGGGGCCGUUGACUGGUUUUAGGUUUAACACUGGUGGGAGUUUCGUCGUAGACGAGGAGAAUGCAGCUGUGGUUGUUUUUGAUGAAGGUAAGAAUGUGGAGAAACCGACUCGCAACGCAGCUUACAUCGUUGGAUUUGGAGAGAGUAGUUACUUCAGGGAAGUUGAUUUAGGGAAGAUUACAACAGGGAAAGAGGGUUUUCCGCAUGCUUGCUCCUAUGUUCCAAGUUCAGUGCAAACUUCAUGAGAACCAGUGGCAUAUAUAUAUAUAUAUUGAUUUGGUUUGUUGAAGUUAGUAUAUUUUGAUCUCUUCUAAUCACCUUCGAAUGCAUAUAUGAUUUGUCAACUAAUUUUAGUGGAAGGAAGUGUGUAUUAUAAUGUGUGGUAUGCUUUGAAUAACCAACCUAUCUUGAUAAGACUGAGGGAUUGGUGAGAUGGCCUAUCUUAAAUUUGCAGUAAUUUUAUGUUUAUGACAGGUUUCUUGAUUAAUACAAAAUGAAAAUAGUUCAACAACAGUCUAGGUCAUUAGUCUAUUACUACAUGAUUAUCCAGUCAAAACAAAUAGUUAAAGUAAUAAACUAGAUAUAACCACUCUUAACACCAUAGACUUUUAUCAAAUUUUAUACUAUGUGCACGAGCACCUACGAGAUCACCACGCCGAAGAGCUAUCCCCAAACGGCAAUGUAUUCUCGGCAUUAAGAACUAGUAUCGUCAUGAAUGUGGCUGCGUUUCUACCAAUAUGCAAGAUUAUACUGUUCUAAUUCGAACCCAUAUGCAGACUUAUACUUUCUAAACUAAUGAUCUCAGAACUUAUACAUUCGAAACUAAUUAUGAACCAAACAAGGAUUAUACUAUUCCAUUUCAGACACAAUACGCAAACUUUCACUUUCCAGUCUAAUAAUCAAAUGACAAUAGCUUACAUAUCCGAAAGAAUGUCUUGUAAUGCAACGCCAACAUUAAGCAAAAAUCAUCGCACGAGAUGAAUGAUGCAAAUAACAAACUAUUUUUCAGACAUGAAUUUAGAAGAUAAAGGGAAAAUUGUUGGAUAUUUAAUCCAUGAAGCAAAUCAUCCUAACUAAAGCAUGAUGCCAGCCUUCUUCUCUUGUUAAUCGUGUCCCGGCCUCUGGAUUGAGUUUUCUCAUGUCUAUGGGCCAAAAAAGAAAGCUUCUAUAUAAGAAAAUAUAUUUACAUAUUUCACGAUAUGGAAGGAUUUAACAUAGAUUUCGACCAUAAUUACCUAUAAAAAGAUCUAAAAGAAGGGACGGCCAAUUAUUCACUUCCGACACAUAAACAUGCAGUUAGAACUAUGAUAUUUACUCCAUUACGUUGUACUUUUGCUGUAAUUAUCAACUAGAUUUUGAUCCGCGCUUAAAAAGCGCGGAGUUUUUUCAUUUAUUGAUCUAAGGAUAUUAGGUAUAUUUGUUUGUAUGUAAAAUAUGGUUUGUAUGUAAAAUAUGCAUAAUAUUUGUAAUGAAAUUAGUUGGUAGGCUAUUUUAAAAAAAUGUGCGUAUGAACUUUCCAAGCGCGGGUCAAAAUCUGGUUUGUAUGUAAAAUAUGCAUAAUAUUUGAAUGAUUUACUUUGAAUAUGGAUACAUAGAUUUAAAAAAAAUUAUAUUUGACGUCAUAAUGUUUGUUAAUUUAUAUAGGGUUCAUAAUAUACAUAGGUCAAAUAUUUAAAAUGAAAAUAUUUAUAUUAAAUUUAAGUUUAGCAUAUCUUAUAAAUAUAUGUAGGUCCAAUAUUUAUUGGUUUAUUUAAGUGUAUAUGUAGGCUUAAAACUUAAAGAUUUAAAUGCCAUUAAUAAGUUUUAUUAAUAUUUUAUAAAAGUAAGGGUACUUUUCAAUUUUCAUUAAUGAUAUAAACCAUGAAUGAUCAGUAUUUGAUUAUUGUACGAAACAUCGGUUUAUAUUUUUGAAUGUAAUUUUCGAAAUUGCAAAAUCAUAAAAUAUUUAAUUCAAAUAUUGAUAGUGGUAUCAAAUCAAAUUGGGCUUUACAUAAGUGAACUAAGUUAGACCGAAAUAAAAUAAAAUUUAGACCUAGUAAAAGUCAACCUCUUCAUCUUGUUGAAAUUAAACUUGUUUCACCAGCAGUGGAAAAUACAUAUAAUGCUUCUGGCUAAUAAUUACUUUGUUCCAAAUAAGAAUCGACUAAAAAUAUAUACAUACCCAAUCUUCAUUUUCUGGAAUCAUGAUUCUGUUGCUUCCUACUGUGACUGGCAAAUCCACGCUACACUUGAGGUUUGAAGACAAUAUAGUUACGAAAACAAUAAAAUAUAAACAAUAAUAAGACUCUAUAAGUUAUAACAAAGACCUAUAACUUUCUUUUUUUCUUGUUAAAAACUUUUUAACUUAUAUAAGUAUACGUGGGUUAAUUGUAGAAGUAAGAUCUAUUAAAAUAAAUAGAGAUAUGAUAAGACCAAAAAAAAUAUUGUUAGAUAAAUAUAAGGUAAAACCAAAAAUAAGAUCUAUCUCUGAUAUUUUUUUCUCUUUUUACCACAAAACUAUCUCUUAUAAUUUAUUGUUAAUAUAUAAGGUAAAACCAAACAUAAUUAGCUAAUGAAAAGGUCCAAUAACUUUUCAUAAGUAGAUUUUUCAAGACUGAUUCCCUUUUAAUAGAAUAGAUAAAAACUACAUUUGAUCUCUUGUUCCUAUUUUACUUCAUGUUUUCGUAAUAUUAUGAAAAUUUCUACUUUAACCCUAACAUACAGAAGGAUUUUAGUUGUUUUCUUAUUAAUAACAUUACUUCAUAGAAAUCAAAUUUAUGUUUCUCUAUUUUUACCCAAACCUUAUGUAUAUUAUGAAUUAGAUUUUUAUUUUUGACAAAAUACGAACGAUUCUAAUGCAUUAACAUAUCAAAUAAGUAAAAAAAAAAAUCUAGAAUUAUGCCACCUCCUCUAAUAGAAAUUAAAGGAGGUAAAUAGCUUAAAAUAGCUAUAUUUUAACAUAUGAUACAUUUGUUUUCUUAUAUCUAUAAAUAAUUUCUUGUUUCUUUCUUAUUAUUGAAACACAAUCAAUUUGCUGAUAAAAAAUCACAAUCAAUUCAUUUAAUUUCCAAGGAUGAAAAAAUCUCUUAUAUUUUCAUUUAAUGUUCUAACUUUUCUCAUCAUUCUUACACUAGGUUUGUGUUUAUGUCAAUACUUUUGUAAUACAGUAUAUAUUUAAUUUAUUCCUAAAAAAGAAUUCACAAUAUCUUUAUUUUGUUGUUUCUUACAACGUAUUACUAUUUUUAAUAGGCUAAGUUGUUUUAAAGACCUCUGUUAUAGUUCAUUUUCACUAUGAAAUUGCAUAACAUCUAAACCUACAAAAUUUAGAUACAUUAGUUUUGUGGUAAAUCUAGGAAACUGAUAUCCGAAAACUAUUUUUGUGUUAUUUCUUCGCCUAAUUUGGAUAAUUCUUAACUUUAAACACAUGGAUUAUUUUAAUAUAUUAUGUAAAAAAUAUUUGUCCAGAAUGAAUCAACAAAAAUAUUUUUCUUGAUUAGUUCAAAUUCAAAAUUUCCUGAGUUAAUAAAUAUGAAAAUUUAUAGUUUUUCUUUUAAGAAAUGAAAAUAUCUGUAAUUUAACAUAUAAAUUUAUAUGAUACUUUCAGAUAUCUUUAUAUCUGAUUGUUAUAAUUCUAAUGCCUCAAAUAAUUAAUUAUUUAAAAAUCAAUAAAAGUUAUUUAAAAUAUUUUAUUAGUAUUUGAAUAUUUGCUAAAAAUAUCUUUCGUUACAUAAAUUGAUAUUACAUUUUAUAUACAUCAGUGGCAGGAACGAUGGGGAAUAUGGGGCAAGGGAGUACAAAUAAACGAGUAUGGUGUCCCAUAUAUCUAGAUAACCAAAAAUCUGGUAGUUGUCUCAACAAGCAUGCUUGCCUAUCUGCGUGUAAGACCAAGAUAGGAGGGACACAAGAAGUAAGGACUUCUUGCUUCUCAGGCAACAAAUGCACAUGCCAAGUCCGUUGUCCGUAAUCUUAAUGUUUUAUUAUUGACAAUAUAUUUAUAAUAAAUUAUGAUCGGGUAUGUGGUACAGUAAUAAGUUGUCAAAUUAUGUAAGUGUCAAAUUAUAUAUUUCUGUACGGCGCUAUCAAUAGUUCAAGUCAUUUACUGGAGGAAAUGGGCUUGGGGAAAAGAUGCUAUGCUUGAGCUUCCGAACCGUACGUGAGCUGCCUUGUACGUCCUUUCCCAAUAAAAUUGAUCAUUUACGGGUGUAGUAAAUGAAAAAAUAUACUGGAAAAUAUUAAUUAGAAUUAUUAACGUCUAAAUUUUCUACUAUAUUAAUGUUGAAUAACUUCAUGUGGAAUGAUAUCAUUGUGAAGAGAGAGAUAGUAGAACAAAAGGAGAGACCAUUGGUUUUGCACAGUUGCAACCAUUGUGCAUUACGAUAAAUCAUUAUAACACUUAUAAGAAGUUAAUUGUGGACAUUGACAAACCACAAACAUAAAAUCACAACAAUUGUAAACAAACUAAAAAGAAAGAGAUCCAUUGUUAAAUGAUCAUCAAAGAUUUUUAAAUAAACACAUACAAAAUUCCUUUUGUUAUUUUUUGUAUCUUAAUCUAAUCAAUUUAGUUAAUUUAUUUGCAUUAGUUUAAUAUAAUAAAAGCUGAUGUUUUAUAAUAAAAAACUCUCAGACAUUUAAUCUCUACUAUAUAAAAAAAACUAAAUUGAAGUAAUUCUAGGUAUGCCACAUAAGACAAAAUAUUCAUAACCAAUCAUUUGUUCAUGUCAUCAAGGAUGUUAAGCUGUUGAGCCACGAAUCUGUGCUACGUAUUUACUUUCUUCUUCCUCUAACCUAAGUUGUCACGGCAUCUACAGACCAUCUAAAACUCAUCGUCUUCCCAUCUCCUCUGUAUAACGUCUGCGACGGCAACAAUGAUGAAUCAAAGGUAUCCUCCAGACAAAUCGGCGUGUAACUCUCCACAUCCCUCCUCUUACUCAAUGAUAUCAAUGCCUCUUAUGAGUUGAUGAGAAUAUGAAGAUUGAAGAGAGAACGUUGGGGAAAAUUAAGCAAGUAAUUACACUUAGACUUAUGUUCACUGACAAAUCCCUGUCAAAGUAAAUCAAGUUUCUACGCAGAUUUAUGACAUGGUGUUUCUUCGUAUGAGUCUAGCUCAAGGCAUCAAUCAGAUAUGUAAUUAGGUUGUGUGUAUUGAAGAAUUGAAGCUUUAUUCUUUUGUUUUGAUUUUAAUAGAUAAGAUAGUUCUGUUACGAUUUCAAGACAUAUUUUGUAUACAACCAAUAUAAUUGCACCUUACUUUUUAGGUAAGAUUUGCACGUACACAAAGAAACAUAUCUGUUACCUGGUUUAUUAUCAGUCACCAUUUUCAGUCCAAUGCAAUCAUUUUUAUAUAAUUAAUAGGUAAAACCGUCUGUGGAUACGUAAAGGGUUCUAACGAGACAUCUAAUGAAUCUAAGGUUAUAGGAAAACAUGGAUGAGUUGACAUGAUGAAGAGUUUUGCGGGAUCAAAACUUCUUCUAAAAGACACACGUACUUGUUAUUUGUAUAAUUGGGUAUUGGAAAUAUGAAAAAAUGUCAGCAUACAAAAACAAAUGCUGUAAAAUUCCGAGAUAAAAAAAUUUAUAUUAAUAUGCCUAUGAUCAAUAAACAAAAUUUUCAAUAUAAAAAUAAUAAAAUUUGUACGUAUACAAGAGAAAACAACAAAACAUACAUUUAAUCGUUAAAAGUCAUAAAUUUGAAUAGUAUUGUUUUAACAUGAAAACUUAAAUAUUGGACCAGCACAACAUAUAUACACUCGCCAAAUAUAAUACUAUACAUUACUAUGAACUGAAAACCAAUCAAACAAAUCUAUUAACUAUGAGCAAUAAUUCAAUCAAUUUAAUAUUGUCAGAAAAAUCACAAAUAAAAUCAACCAAUUCUUAGCCAUAUUUGUGAUUUUUGGUAUAAAAUAAUGUAAAUUAAACUUUAAAUAUUUUUUUUUUAAAAAUUAAAUUAAAAAUUUAUAAGAUACUAUACGCGCGGAAAAAGAAUCUAGUAACUUUAAUAGUUAGCUAAUAACAUGCCGUGAGAACUCUGUCUAAUCGUUUUGUGGUAUUAUCUUGGCAAGAUCAUGAACUAAAAGAUCAAUUGUACAUAUAUUGUGUAACAAUGAUAAAGCCUUCACGCCACGUGUGAUAUUACAUAAACUGAAUGGGCCCACUUGAAGAGCCCAAUGUUGGCCCAGUGUCAUUUCAAGGUGCUUUCUUGCCGGCAGGAGACUUUUCGAAGCAACCUUGUCUGAAAAUGAACAAUCUUUCAAAGGACUUGUUGGAGGAUAUCCUCUCUAGGGUUCCGAAGACAUCUCUGAGAAAACUCCUAUCUACUUACAAAAAGUGGAACACUUUAUCCAAAGAUGAGACCUUUACAAAGAAGCACCUUGCUCAAUCACCACCAAGAACAAGUAAAGGUACUCUCAUUAGCCUGAACAGUUCAGAUAAACUCGGUAUCACUCAGGUAUAUCACUGCGAGGGUUUACUGUUAUGCGUCACUGAAGACUACACAAGGCUCGUGCUUUGGAACCCUUAUACAGGGGAAGCUCGGUGGAUAUGCGUUGAUCAUAGUAAGUAUGCUCAUGCUCUCGGAUUCGAAGAGGGCAACUCGUGCCGUGCGUAUAAAGUCUUGAGAUUUGCUCAUCGUGUGCAUGAGAUAUACUAUGUAAGCUCUGAUUCUUGGAGGGUUCUUGAUGUCACUCCAGACUGGAAGAUGGAAGUGGACGGUGAGUCUAAUUCUAAUAACUAUGGCGUGUCUCUGAAGGGAAACGUGUACUGGUUCGCUCAAGACAAGGAAGCAGGAGGAAACGUUCCCGGUUUUUUACUCUGUUUUGAUUUCACAACAGAGAGGUUUGCUCCGCGUUUGCCUCUGCCGUUUGAGUCUUACUUUGAAGAUGAGGUGACUCUAUCUAGUGUUGGAGAAGAGCAGCUUGCUGUGUUGUUUCAGAACUUGCAUACGUAUGAGAUGGAGGUAUGGGUUACGACCAAGAUUGAGCCUGAUGGGGUGUCUUGGAGCAAGUUCUUGGCGGUCGCCACUCACUUGGUUUCAGUUCUUUAGUGGUGGGAGUUUCCUUAUUGAUGAGGAGAGGAGAGUCGUAGUAGUUUUUGAUGGAGAUAAAAAUGUGUCGGAAACUAGUCGUAACACAGCUUACUUCAUUGGAGAAGAUGAAUACUUUAAGGAAGUUGAUCUUGGAGAAGUUACUACAUGCGAAGUGUUCCCUCAUGCCUUCUCUUAUGUUCCAAGUUUAGUGCAGAUCAACCAAACUGCAUGAGAACCACUUGACGGUAAAUGGAAUGGUCCAAGUCCUUUAUAUAUUAUCUAAGUCCCUUACAUAUUUCCAAUGUGGGAUCUUGAUCUUUUCAACAGAUUUGAACAAACGUGAUUUUCAUUUCUAGUUUUCUGUAGUCUGAAGAAGUAUGUCUUUGCUGUACAGAAGAAUAUUAAAACUUUGAGUGGUGUAACUCAUGUGUUUAGUUUA